CCAGUACUCAACGUGCGGAAUGGACAGAAUUGCAAUCGUGUGACGCGGAAUUCAGCCCUGUCAUAGUUCUGUCAGUCCAGAAAACCGAGGUGGUGUGAGUAGAAUCGUGAUGUAUUAAAUACAACGAAUAUGUUUCAUCUGUCAUGGUUGGUGGAGGUAUUUUCUUAUUCUGACAGCGCAUGCGUUAUAGUCUCAAAUCCCCCUUACUAACUAUCUUUUGGGGUUGAGUGAAUUAAAUUCCGGAACGCUCAAUCGAGUAUGACAUAAGAGGAAGACACUCCAAUUAACAUGGCUUGUUUUUCUAUAAAACACUUUUCAGUAACUUUGAUUAUCAUUUAUACUUUUCUUAUAUCAGGUAUCUCUACUGCACACAUUGAUGCGUCACAAACGUUACCAGCAGGGAAUACCCAUUUUUUAGCUGUAAACUGCUCCCCAUCUUCACAAGCCGGAUACAGCACUCUAUACAAUAUACAGAUGACAAAGGUUUCCUUUCGGAACAACGAAACCACAUUAUUAGCAACUGUUGAUGAUGUCGGAACCGUUGUCGGACCACAGGAUGUGUCAUUUAAUUAUACUGUUUCUGGCCAUUUCAAUGAUUCGUCACCAGAGCAGUCUUACAUAAUUAUUGAAGUAAAGGAUCCCAGUUGUGAGGAUGAUGGUCGAUAUGUUUGUAAGACAGUUGGAGUGACGAACCGAGGAGUCGUAACCCUUGAAGACGAGCAAAAUAUAAUUAUACAAAGCAGUCCAAGUGAUAUACAAAUGGUAACCAUCCCAAGUAAUGAUAAAUACAACAUCAACGACUCCAUUGAUCUGAUUUGCAGUGGUAACGUGGGAAACCCUGAACAGGCGUUCUCCUGGGAGACGAAAUUACCUGACGAGUCAGUGUGGAAGCCUUACCAAUUUUAUUCAAAUAGUAUAGCUCAGAAAAAUUCCUCACAAUGCACUUACUUUGGAAGAAGUACUUUGAACUAUACAGUACAAGAAACUGAUCAUGGGCUAUCCUUUAGGUGUCUUGUUGGAGGUUCUGAAUCCUAUAGUGUCAACACCACUAUAAUAUUGGAUGAUAAAGUAGAAGCAAGUCUAGAAAUUCUACCAUCUCAAAACCUUGCAGCUGGUUUUAAGAAUCUCUCAGUGAGGUGCUUCCCUUCAGUUUUCACUAAUAUCACCGGGAUUAAAACACUUGGAAGUCUUCAGAUCUUUAAGCAAUCAGGCAGUGUUGAAUUCAUAAUUGCAACCAUCUCUUCAAAGGGGAUUCGGUCCGGGGCGGGAAUAACGUCACCUAAAUUUACCAUAAGUGGCGACUUUAUCUCAACUUCACCACUUGAGUCUUACCUUCAAGUUGUCAUCAAUGACCCGGAUUGCAAUGAUGAAGCUGAAUAUCAAUGCUGGACAAACUACCUUCAAGUAGAAAUAAGCCCACAAGACAAAAAGAACGUAACAGUUGAUAGCAACCCAGGAAAUCUCCGAUUGUCCAUUAUCCCGAAAGCACCCCUAUAUCUUGUGAAUACUAGACUGACUAUUAAAUGCAGUGGAAACAGUGGUGACCCACAAAAAGGUUGGAUCUGGCAAAUUAGUCGAACUAAUUCAGAUAACUGGCUUCCAUACCCAAAUAAGGAUGACAUCUCCAAUGGUGACAUAAAACCGCCAUCCAUUGGCCAAUGUGGGAACAUUACAAGUAGUACUCUAACGUAUACAGUCAAAUAUGGUGAUGAUGGGCUGCAGUUCAGAUGUAUCAUAGGACGAGCAAAUCUUAUGCUUAUGCGUAAUGCUACUAUUUACCUUACAGAGACCACGAAUACAACAACUACUGUUGGACCUGUUAGUACUGAAGAUAUCACAGAUAAAGAAGGACCUAAUAGAAAUAUAAUAAUAGCCACGUCUAUCCUUGGAUCCCUAGUAGUAAUUGUGGUAAUUGUCCUGGUUGUAGUAAUAGUCUAUUACCGACGUCGAGUUCAAGCUGAGUCCUGUUCAGCCCAAACUGCAGCUAAACCUGAACCAUCUAGCGAAAACCAAACUGGAGAUAGUAGGUAUGAUAGACCAGAUAAUGACAUUGAAAGCAAUAAUGGACCUUAUUUAACCAUUGAUCAACCAUAUGAAUUGCCGUGCGAAUCAUCAGAUAAUACAACCCAGCCUUCGGAUUAUAUUAAUCUGACGGAGAUUACUGCAAACAAACAACACAGAUGAAAAGACAAAAAUAAGUUAAUUCCUUAUACUCUUACUUGCUCGAUUGGUUUAAAAUACUCACGUUAUAACCUAUAUCUUCCUCAACUCGAACUUGGUCAAUCAUGUAAUCAUUUAGCGAUUGAGCACAUCAAAAAACACAACAGAAUUUAUUUGAAUUGUUUCAAUGGCAUUUAGUAAUUGAACUGGAGUAUACAGGUCACAAUUCUAUGGAAUAAAAUUACUGCUUAUUACUAGGCUUCUCUAGUAUUUUUGUGUACAUGUAUAUAUUGUCUUGUUAUAUUUUCAUAUUUUAUCAUUGCUUGAUAAUGACUAGAGAAGCCUAGUAAAAUGUAUUCCAUAGAAUUAUACAAUUUAUAUGGAAAGCAAUCACUGGUUGAUACAUAUGGCUGUAUAUUAGAUUCAAAAUUCUAACAUGCUAUCGUCUAAUUUCUUACUCCCAUUCAUGUAAUUUCUAACUCCCAUUCAUGUAAUUUCUAAGUUAAGACAAUGUAUAAUCCAACUUCUUUAUUUGUUCAAUGUAAAUUUUAAUUCUGUUUCAUCUUAUUUCUAUUAAUAAGACGAAAAAUGUCUACUUCAUUGUCGCUUUACAUGUUAAAUGAACGUCAAACAAAUUUAGAAUUUUGAUACUUCUACCCAGCAACCGUCAUUAUGACGUCGUUUGGUGUCGCCACCGUGUGCUCAACUUAGCGAUUGAGCACCUGAUCGGGACCAUUCUGUUGAUACAAACGACUCGCUCUUCGUCAGGUUGAAUGGUUUGGCGGAGUGUUAAAAUUGAAUAUGCAUAGAAGAGAGAGAGAGAGAGAGGGGGGGGGGGAGAGAAAGAGAGAGAGAGAGAGAUGGGGUUUAACGUCCACGCGACACAAAGUAAGUCAUUUCGGGACUAACAUAUGGCUCAAUUUUAUUUCAAUAAUUCGCUUGCGCGAAGGGUCUUUAGCAGUGGGAGGAACCUGGAGGACUUGGAGAAAACCCAUGAGGUUGGACAGGCGAACAUACUUCUUGGUGCGUACAACCGGGAAAUCGAAACCACACCAGUUGACUCGAUAACAGACCUUUUGAUACAGCGCGCACGUGCUAACUAUUCGGCCAUCCGACCCCCCAAACAACAUCGAACGUGAUGUGGUUUGCAAAUACUAUUUCAAAUAUAAGCUAACCAGCAUUUGCUAAUUUUUAUUUAAGGCAAGUGCAGGAAUUGGAGAAUUUUAUUUUUUUUUACAAUUGAGCCAAUUAAUAUUUAUAUACUGUACGGUCUAUAUUAAUAUAGGGUACAAUUUUAUGGAUACACAAUUACUGAGUUUAAUACUAAGCGACGUUUCGACGAGGAUACACUCGUCUCUAUCAAGCCCGUCCUGACCAGGUGCGCAAUCACUAAAUGAGCACGCAGUAGCGACACCAAACGACUUCAUAAUGAUGGUUGCUAAGGUAGAAUGUAAAAAUUCUAAAUUCGUUGAUGUUA